CAUCAGUUCUACUCAAUGAACCUAUUUAAUUGGCUUUGCCGGCAUUAUCUGUUACGAAUAUUUCCGACACAGAACCUUUAAAAUCAUUUGUUUUAUACCAAGACUAAACAAAAUAAUAUUAUCCAAACCAUGGCGAAGAUGCARAGAAUUUUUAUCGAGAUUAUUCUAGCUUGUGCUCUGUUUACAUCAGUUUCCUCGCUACAGUGUUACUUCUGCCACAGCUACAGCUCAUUCCAAGACUGUGAACGAAACAGCGAGCUCGUACAAUGCGGUUUCGAAACUCGCUGUGGAAAGGUCAGCUACGAGCUCCCUCACGCGAAUGUAUACAAGAAAAGCUGCAUCGAGCUGGCCUAUUGCAAAGACCACGAAAGAUUUUGUCUACAAGCUGCUAAUGAUGCCAAGGAAUGCGAGGUGCUUUGUUGUCAAGGUGACAGUUGUAACGCAGGCUCUAGGAUAGUCAGCGGUUUUUUAAUCUGGGCAUGCGUGGUGACGACUUUGGUCAUAGGAAAAUUAUCAUAGUACGGCAAGAUAUGUUGGAGAUUAAAAGUGGAAAAAUGGCCAGAAGUAUUAUUAUCUGAGGAUGCGUAAUAGACUUUGGAAAAUUAACGUUUUGAGAGCCCGCGUUUUUUUCGGUAAUCCGAAUGGGAUUCGAGUUUAUCGUAACGCCUAAUGAACGUCAUUAUAUAGUUGUCAUUUGAUUGGAUAAUACGACAAUGAAAAUGAACCGGAACCGGGUAAAAUAGAAUCCCGCGUCSAAGUGCAAACUGGGRAAUAYGGUGUUUUGCGWGCWCAMRUAAAUGACCGC